UCACAAAAUGACAUAUAGGUCUCCGAGUUGGUCCUAAUUUAAAUUCAGACAGCCCACUGAUUAGUGCUUAAUAUUCUCUUCAUAUUUCAGACUCCAGAUGGCCCCUUGCAGAUUUCCUGUGCCCUAUCUGGCUCUUUCUGGAUGUCUUGUUCUCAACUGCCUCCAUCAUGCACCUGUGUGCCAUCUCCCUCGACCGCUACAUUGCGAUCAAGAAACCAAUCCAGCACAGCCAGUACAAGUCCAGAGCUAAAGUGCUGGCUAAAAUCGCACUGGUCUGGCUAAUCUCUAUAGGUAUUGCAAUACCUAUUCCAAUCAAAGGGCUACAAGUCUUCGACCAUCCAAACAACAUCACCUUCAACAACAACCACACCUGUCUGCUGUCGCCAGAAGGCUUCGGGGACUUCAAGGUGUAUGGGUCUUUGACAGCUUUCUUUAUACCUCUUACAAUUAUGAUGAUUAUCUACUUGCUGACAAUCCAAAUACUGCGCAAGAAGGCCUAUCUUUUGAGAAUGGGAGCUACAAGGCCCAGCAUUUCCACCAUCUUCAACCAGGAACUACCAGUUCUCUCUUCACCUGUGAAAGUGGCCAAUGCAAAUGGAAUUAAAAGGGACCGAACACUGCGUCCCGUCACAAGGGAUGAGGUCCCUCUCCGCAGGAUGUCCACCAUAGGAAAAAGGUCCAUGCAAAACUUGAGCAAUGAACAAAGGGCGUCAAAGGUUCUGGUGAUUGUAUUCAUGUUGUUUGUUGUAAUGUGGUGUCCUUUCUUCAUUACCAAUGUGACUUCUGUACUCUGUCAAGGGUGCGACAGUAAUCUAGUGGAGCAACUGUUGGAUAUCUUUCAAUGGGUGGGCUACGCUUCGUCGGGAAUCAACCCCCUGGUUUAUACACUGUUCAACAGGACGUUCAGGGAGGCCUUUAAGCGCUACAUCACAUGUAACUACAGCUCAGUGAGCAAUGGCCAACUUUAA